AUGGUACAAGUCAAGUGUAUGAAACACUUAACACUUUUAAAGUGCUGCUUUGUAUCACUUAUCGUCCUUAUCGUUGUGUUCAACUUUCCCGUUGCAAGAAGUAUUCUUAUACGUUUCAGAAAAUGGAAUAUCAAUUUACAAAGACCACGUGGAAUUGUUAACGUGUUGCCUUAUCUUGAUAACGAGAUUCCUGGUAAUGAGAGUAGUAUAAAAAAGGACACGGUCAAGAACAGAACAAUAUUAACGGGCUGGAAAGGGGCGAGUCAGAUUUACACGAAUACUAGCACAGUCGCGUCUGAACAUUUGGAAUGUACGGGCGACGUCACACUCGCAUCAGUGGAUCUAAGGAUCAUUGUACUCACACAAAAAAGAACUAAAUCUCUGAAGGUAUGUCUAAAACAUAUUAAUAACGCUGAAUAUCACGGUCAGAAGGUGGUAUUGGAUAUCUGGAUUGACAGAGAGAAAAACACAGAAGCGCUCAAUGAAGAACAUAUCGAGAUGGUGAAAAAUUUCACUUUUAAAUCGCACAUUAUAAAAUGCGUCCAUAUCCAAGACAAGCACGUGGGUAUAUACGGGCAAUGGAUAGACACUUGGAAACUUGGCCCGAAUAAUAAAGAAAUCGGCGUCAUUCUUGAGGACGAUAUUGACGUUUCACCACAUUUCUAUACAUGGCUUAAACAUGUACAUUUAAAAUACCAGAACAGAGAAGACGUCUCGGGGGUAGGUCUCUCAACGAUCUACCCCAACCCCAUCGCUGAUAAAAAGUCAUGUUUAUACAGAAUGAAAGCUACAGGACAAUCACCGAACAAAUGCAACACAAUCCAAGUACCUCCAAAGAACAAUUCUGUCUACAUGUAUAGAAUCCCAACGACCUGGGGUUUUAGCCCCAAAAUCUCAAGUUGGAGAAAAUUCCAGAAAUGGUACCAUGACAUCAGGCGAUCUAAUAAAACAUUUAGACCCAUCAUUGACGCCAAAAUAAUCCACAACACGUGGUAUAAUAAAGUAAAGGAUAUGUGGUCCAUGUGGCACAUCUUUCACUGCCAUACAAAUAAACUUUAUUGCAUAUUUCCUAAUAUAGCAAACAAUGGAAAAUUUGCCAAUCAUAGACAAGAGAAGGGACUCCAUUACUUUGUGGAGAAGAAGGUGAUCUCCCACAGCCCAAGCUUAGUCAGGGAAUGGGAUGACAGAUAUCUUGAUCUCCCAGAUAAACUGGUUCAUGUUGGUUAUGAUGGCAGUUUUUCAACUGAAUCUUAACGUUGUUUGAUUAUUUGAACUUAAUGGGAUUCUAAUUUUUUUGAGUGAUUUGGUGAUUGUUUUUCCUUUGAGACAUUUUAUAGAAUCUAGAAGUGAAAUUACAACAUACGUAUAUAAACCGAUCUCGCUUAUGCUCUAAGUCAGCUACUUCACCGAGCUGGCAUUUUUUCUAUUCAAUUAUUUGCUCAUUAUCAAUGGUCCACGCGUGGUGGUCCGUCUUGUUGAUAAAAUGGAUGGCCGUCCGGGAGGGCGGGUGGUUUGCAGGGUAUGGAUCUUCCAGACACAUCCCUAGUGCGCUAAUAGUCGUUAUGAUGGUGGGUGACUGGAGAUUUGCCCGUGAUAGUUGGAUCGUCUAGGGUGUCAGUGUAUGGUUGUUUGGCCAUUUGUUUACAUUCAUUGCCAAUAAACAGAUCUGUGUGUUUGGAUGUAUACUGUA